GGACUAGUUUCACUGCAGUGUUAGAGCUAUCAUAGACUCAAACGCUCCGGAACACUACAGAAAUACAGCAAGGUAGCACAAAGGAUCAUAUCUCAUCAUCUCCCACCAUGUGCCGAGAACUGGAAUCACUGCCUAUCACAUGUCUGGAGAGGGCAAAGGAACUCAAAGCUCUCUUUAGAAGCUUUCUACAGAAGCCAGAUCUGAGCAUCAUCGAUCACUCACACAAGACUAACAAAUUAAGGUUAAAUAUGGACGAGCCCUUAAAAUGGAGGCAGUCGUUUGAGAACCUGCUGUCCAACCAACAUGGACUGUGCUUGUUCAGAGCUUUCCUGGUGUCAGAGUUUAGCGAGGAGAACAUAGCUUUCUACCUGGCCUGUGAAGACUACAGGAUAACCAAGCCCUCCUCAAAGCUAUCCGCUAAGGCUAAGAAGAUCUAUGAGGAGUUUGUCUGCAGUGACGCACCAAGAGAGGUCAACCUCGACCAUGAGACCAAAGCCAUCACCAAGAAGAACCUGGAGCGCCCCAGCCAGUCCUGUUUCAGCCUGGCCCAGGAGAAGAUCUACGCCCUAAUGGAGAAAGACUGCUACCCUCGCUUCCUCAAGUCCACCACCUACCUGGAGAUCAGUCGGCAGGUCAAAGCCGGUUAAUACCAGUUAAGGCUGGUUAAGACUAGUUAAUGCUGGUUGAGGCUGGUUAUGGUUGGUUAAGGCCCAAUGCAAGUGGCAAAUGGAACACAAAGAAGAAGUCCAUAGGAGACAAGCUGAAAAGCACACACUGGAAACCAGGUGGUCUCACUAGGGUCCUCCUCAGUGGAGGAGAGGUCCUGUGCUGGUUGGCCAGAAGUAUUGAGGGGGGACUGAAGUUGAAUACUGGACUGAACUAGAAGUCAGUCAGAAUCAAGACUGGAAAUCUUGUCCUGUGGCAUGGGAAAUAGCCUCGCUCAAUGUGAAGAUUGAGGUAUCGAGGUUUGCAAAAGGUGAACCUGUGUCUUGAAGUCAAGGACACACCAAGAGGUUCCUGUUCACGGCAUUUGAGCAGAAAGAAUAAUGAGAUGGAAAAGGACUGCUUUGCACAAUCACUGAUGGAGAAGCUGUUAUAGUCUUGUAUUAUCCAGAUUUCAUUUGUCUAUUUAUUUAUGUAUUUAUUAGCAAUGUGGUUUUGUUAUUGAAAUGUUAUUGAAAUGUUUCUACUGUGCAACUGUUCGACUUAGAUUGUGAUAUUUAUGUAUAUAUUUAUGUUGGGUUUUUUUCUCCCAGAAUUCCUUAUGUGACAGGAAAUGAUUUGAAUAAAAUUGUAACUAUAUGAAACAUAA